GCUGCCAUCCUCCAGGCUGGACUCAGGGAGGGGUGAGGCUGGACCGGAGAUGUCCCUGUCCCCGUCGGGAAGGGAGGGGCUGCUGUCCAGCUGUCCCACCGGUGGAGGCCAAGGGGACCCAAGGACACGUGUGAGAUAAACGAACCAGACCUCUAGACUCUGCGCAAGUCAUAUGAAAGCAAGUUAAAGCAAAGAAGGAAACAAACUCAAAAAAGAAUCAGGCAGAACAGUGGCGCACUCUCAGCUGAAAGCCUCAGCCCUGGAGCCAACAGAUUCAGACAGCAACUUUGCUCUCCAAUCAAAGAAAACUGUGUUCUCUGCUGAGGAGAGGGGAGUCAGCCCCAGAGCAAGCUCCCAGGGGGAUGGAAGUUUUACACUAAAAAGAUAAACUCUCACCCAGAGUGGCCCACAUGUGUCAUAAAGAGCCUUCAGAUGUGAGGCAGUCUUGUGUGGACAGCGUGAGGAAGACUCCGUGGUGACCUGCGUGGACCUGCAAUAUAAUCCAAUACAAGCAGGUGGAUGCUGAGGGCCAAUGAGCAGGACCAGAUGACCCCAUAGGUACUUCUCUCUACACCCACAAAAGAAAAAGCCAUGGGAAGAUCCUAUAGGACUAUUCCUGUCAUGAGGCCUAAAACUCAUUCUUGAGUCAAGAAGAUUGCAGGAGCCACCUCUCAGAAGCAAAGAUCACUAGCUCUGAAGGAAGCCAGCCGCCAUGUCAAGAGGACACUCAAGCAAUCCCAUGGAGAGACCCACGAGGUGAGGAACUGAGGCCUUCCUUCUGCCACAACAGUCAUCAAAGAAAUGAGAUUUUUGGCCAAUAGCCAUGUGAGUGAGCCACCUUGAAAGCAGAUCCUCCAGCCUCAGCCAGACCUUCAGAUGACUGCAGCCCUGGCUGACAUCUUGACUGCAAUUUCAUGAGAAACCCUGAACCAAAACCACUCAUCUAAGUCAUUUCCAAAUUCCUGAACCAACUUUGGAAUGGGGAACAAAGCUUUCAAACUAAAAGAAAAAGGAGCGACAGAUUGUCAGCCUCCAACUAACAUCCCAAACAGGUUUAUUUGGGUGUUAUCAAUUGUACCUGCAUUUAAAGGAAACUUGGAUCUGCUGGACAAGUGAGAUGAGUGCUGUAGCCUGCAUUUAGAAGAUGAACAUGGAUUUUUCACGCCUUCUAGAGGAAAAAGAAAGAGGGAAGAGGAAGGGCAAGAGAAGACAGAUGUGAUCACUGGCAUCAUUUCACCUGGACUGAACGCUAGGCUCUGUGCCUAUAACUAUACCUGGGCUUGACCCCAGAACUGGCAAUUUUCUAAGAUCUUUAUUGAUUGCCUAAUAUUGUGGCAGGCCUUGAGCCUGGGGAUACAGUGGUGAACAAGAUAAAGAGCCUGUGCUUGAUGAGAUCAUGGUCUACUGGGAGACAAGUAAACAUUUAGAGCACUAAAUGCUCUGUAGUCUUCUGCAGAAGCAUGUUGCAGUAGGGGUGUGGGGAAAAGGGUCUUAAGUCUCAUCUGGAGGGAAUCAUGGAAAGCUUCAUUGAAGAGAGUAGCCUUGCAACAGAGACUUGAAGGUGGUGUGGGAAUUUUCCAGCCCAUCCCUUCAGAGUCAAGGUCUCGUGGAGCUGAGUUUUUCUUUCUGUCCUUCACUGAGGCACCAGAAGGAAUCCUGCAAACUGGACCCUCUGCCUCCUUGUUUUCUUCUUACUCAGCACAGCUCAGUGGGGCCACCUGGAGGCUAACAGGAGUAGUUGCCCUCUAACCCUUCCUUAAGGGGACUGAAGAGAGUCCUUUCUAGUUCAGGUCCUGGAGCCCUGGGAGAGCAGGAGAUGGAGAAAACAAAUGGAAGAGAGGGCAUUGCUCUGUCCACAGUGGAGAUUGGCAUAGAGAACCCAGGGCUGCAGCUCACGGAAGAAGGAAUAAAUCCUGAGGGAACCAGGAAGACUGAAGAGCGAGGACACAGCCUUGGGGAUGGAUUGGAACCCCUAACUCAACAGAGGAGGAACCUACAGCCUUUCACCAGGGCAAGAAGUUUCUGUAAGACACAUGCUGCCUUGUUCAAGAAGGUCCUGCUGAGCCUGUUGUGUUUGGCUUAUGCUGCCUACUUCCUGGCAGCUUGCAUCUUGAAUUUCCAUAGGGCACUGGCCUUGUUCGUCCUCACCUGUUUGGUGCUUUUAGUCCUGGUUCACCGCUUUCUGAAAAGGUUCUUUGGUGAAAAAUUAACGAGAUGUCUGAAGCCCCUUGAAAACUCCUGCCUGAAGCUUUGGAUGAAACGUGUGUUCGCGGGAGUCUCCUUGGUUGGCCUUAUCCUGUGGCUGGCUCUAGACACAGCCCAAAGGCCAGAGCAGCUGAUCUCCUUCGCAGGAAUCUGCAUGUUCACCCUCAUCCUCUUUGCCUGCUCCAAACACCACAGUGCAGUGUCCUGGAGGGCAGUGCUUUGGGGCCUAGGUCUUCAGUUUGUCUUUGGGAUCUUGGUCAUCAGAACUGAUCCUGGAUUUAAUGCAUUUCAAUGGCUGGGAAACCAGAUUCAGAUUUUUCUCAACUAUACUGUGGCUGGCUCCAGUUUUGUUUUUGGGGAUAUGCUGGUCAAGGAUAUCUUCGCUUUUCAGGCCUUACCGAUCAUCCUUUUCUUUGGAUGUGUGAUGUCCAUUCUUUACUACCUGGGCUUUGUGCAGUGGGUAGUUCAGAAGAUUGCCUGGUUUUUGCAAAUCACCAUGGGCACCACUGCCCCAGAGACCCUGGCUGUGGCAGGAAACAUCUUUGUGGGUAUGACAGAGGCACCUCUGCUCAUCCGUCCAUACCUUGCAGACAUGACGCUUUCAGAAGUCCAUGCAGUGAUGACUGGAGGGUUUGCCACCAUCUCAGGCACUGUCUUGGGAGCCUUCAUAUCCUUUGGGAUUGACACGUCAUCCUUGAUUUCUGCCUCUGUGAUGGCUGCCCCUUCUGCUCUUGCUUUGUCAAAGCUGGUAUAUCCAGAAGUGGAGGAGUCCAAGUUCAAGAAUAAGGAGGGGGUAAAAUUGCCCCGUGGGAAGGAGAAGAAUGUUCUGGAAGCUGCCAGCAAUGGAGCCACAGAUGCCAUAGGCCUUGCUGCUAAUGUAGCAGCCAACCUGAUUGCUUUUUUGGCCGUGUUGGCCUUCAUCAAUGCUGCCCUCUCCUGGCUGGGGGAACUGGUAGACAUACAGGGACUCACUUUUCAGGUCAUCUGUUCCUAUAUCCUAAGGCCCAUGGUUUUCAUGAUGGGUGUCGAGUGGGCAGACUGUCCGAUGGUGGCUGAGAUGGUGGGGAUCAAGUUCUUCACAAAUGAGUUUGUGGCCUAUCAGCAACUGUCUCAGUACAAAAACAAACGUCUCUCUGGAGUAGAAGAGUGGAUUGGAGGCGAGAAACAGUGGAUUUCUGUGAGAGCUGAAAUCAUUACAACAUUUUCACUCUGUGGAUUUGCCAAUCUUAGUUCCAUAGGAAUCACACUGGGAGGCUUGACAUCAAUGGUGCCCCACCGGAAGAGUGACUUGUCCAAGGUUGUGGUCAGUGCCCUCUUCACAGGGGCCUGUGUAUCCCUUAUCAGCGCUUGUGUGGCAGGAAUCCUCUAUGUCCCCAGGGGAGCUGAAACUGACUGUGUCUCCUUCCUAAACACAAGUUUCACCAAUCGAACCUAUGAGACCUAUGUGUGCUGCAGAGAGCUCUUUCGGAGUACCUCUCUGAAUGGCACCAACCCUCCUUCUUUUCCUGGUCCCUGGGAAGAUAAAGAGUUCAGUGCCAUAGCCCUUGCUAAAUGCUGUGACCUCUACACCAAUGCUGUCUGUGCCUAAAGCUGGUGCAUUUCCGUAACAAUCCUGAUCUGGAUGGCUUUUUGAUGGCAAAGCUAUUUUCGUACUCAGAGUUCUCAUUGUACAGCUAAUUCACCUUGAUCUUUAAUAGUAAAUGUAAAAUAUUCAUUUUGGUUCACUGUAUGUCAGUAAUGAAAAUUAGCACUCGUUUUUCCAUUAUUUGGCUGAACCAAAUGAGAAAUUCCUUAUGGGCUCUGUCUGAGCUUAGAGUUGAAAUAAUAAAUGUUACGAUGUCAAAAAA